AUUCUUUUUUUUUUUUUUCGUUAUUAAUACUUCGUUUUUUUUUUUAAAUACUACUUAUCAAGUAGUUUUAAAUCAUUUUAAGAUCUUUUUCAGAUCAAAAUUUUAUCAACUAUACUUUUUAAGUUUUAUAACACAAAAGAUUUUUUUAUGACAUGAUUUCAUAUUUCUUUUUCCCCUUUAAAACUUACGCUUUUUUUUUUCUUUAAAUGAACCACACUAAAAAAAAAAAACUAAAAAAAAA